UAAACCCGAUCUCUGGUGGUUGAAAGACCCCUGGCUGAAACUUCCCAGUCUUGAUUCAAGACUCUGAGCUGCGGAAACCCAAGACUGCUCGGAAUGGCCAAGCUGGUCGUUGUCCUUUCCCUCAUUUCACUCCUUCCUCUUCUCUGCAACUCUUUCUCGGCCGAUAAGCCCUCAGAUCGCCACAUCCUUGUGUUGCUCGAUGACUUCGCCAUCAAAUCGUCGCACUCAUUGUUCUUCAAGUCUCUCCAAUCCCGGGGAUUCGAUCUCGAUUUCAAGCUCGCUGACGACCCAAAGAUUUCACUUCAGAGAUACGGCCAGUAUUUGUACGAUGGCUUAAUUCUGUUCUGCCCCACGAUCGAACGUUUUGGAGGAUCCAUUGAUGCAGCUGCUAUUUUGGAUUUUGUUGAUUCUGGCCACGAUUUAAUAGUUGCAGCUGAUAGUAAUGCGUCUGAUUUAAUCCGAGAAAUUGCCACUGAGUGUGGAGUGGACUUUGAUGAGGAUCCUGCAGCCUUGGUUGUAGAUCAUACUGGUUAUGCUGUCGCAGCUACUGAAGGAGACCAUACUCUGAUUGCUGCUGAUGGUUUCAUUAAGUCCGACGUUAUUCUAGGAAGCAAAAGAAUUGAGGCUCCUGUUCUGUUUCGGGGGAUUGGCCACUCAUUGAAUCCUUCCAAUAGUCUGGUGUUGAAAGUUCUAUCAGCAUCUCCUUCAGCCUAUUCUGCUAAUCCAAAAUCAAAGUUGGCAAGUCCUCCAUCACUCACUGGAUCUUCUAUCUCAUUAGUUUCUGUUGUCCAGGCGAGAAAUAAUGCUCGGAUAUUGAUCUCUGGCUCAUUAAGCAUGUUCAGCAACCGAUUUUUCAGAUCUGGUGUGCAAAAGGCUGGGAGUCCAGCCAAACAUGAGAAGGCAGGUAAUGAGCAGUUUUUGACUGAACUUAGCAAAUGGGUUUUCCAUGAAAGAGGUCAUCUCAAAGCGGUGAAUGUACAACACCACAAAGUUGGGGAAGUAGAAGAACCAGCCAUUUAUAGGAUAAAUGAUGAUUUGGAAUACUCCAUUGAGAUUUAUGAAUGGUCUGGAACAAGCUGGGAACCUUAUGUCGCUGAUGAUGUUCAAGUCCAGUUUUACAUGAUGAGCCCCUAUGUAUUGAAGACUUUAUCAACUGACAGCAAGGGUCGUUAUUUCACAUCAUUUAAAGUUCCAGAUGUCUACGGGGUUUUCCAAUUCAAAGUUGAGUACCAGAGACUUGGAUAUACAAGCUUAUCUCUAUCGAAGCAGAUUCCUGUCCGUCCCUUCAGACACAAUGAAUACGAAAGAUUUAUACCAGCAGCUUAUCCCUAUUAUGGAGCAGCAUUUUCAAUGAUGACAGGUUUCUUCGUCUUCACUGUUGUCCAUCUCUACAACAAGCCAACGUAAAUCUUUUUCCAUCUAGUUUCUGCACCCAUAUUUAUGUCAAACCUAACUUGCGAGAUUGAAAAAUUUUGACUAGGCUAUGGUAUGAGCGGAUGCUUUAUAUUUAUUGUAGGUACAUUACUUUUUCCUUACUUUAGUUUGGUCUUUUACAUUUA